AUGCUUCCCAGCUUUCCAGAGAGAGAAGAAAGAAAGGGGCACGUCAAGGCUCCGCGCGCGCCGCCGCCGCCGCCCUCUCUACCGCGCCGCUCUGCCGGGGGCUCGCGCGACGCCAGCGUCUGCUUCCAUCCCGCCGCCUCCUCCCCCGGCGCCCCGCUUCCCCCGCGCAGUUCCUCAUUCAGCCUCUUCCUCUCACGCAGCGGCGCAGGGAUACCGCGGUCCCGCCGCCGCCACGGGUCGCCGCGAAGGUCUCCCUGCGCGCGGGCGAGCCCCUCCCUCGGCGCCGCCUCCCGAGCAGCUGCGGAAGAAGGUGGGGGGCCGCGCGCACGGCUUCUGCUUGGAGACCCCGGGAGAUCUGCCAGGCGAGCAGUGGCGAGCUGGAGGGAAAAGGCCUCCCGCCGGCGCAUUCCUAUGGGAUUCUUUCCUGGGUCGGCCGCUGCGGCCCUCCCCGCGGAGGGCGUGAAGCGACGUCGAACAACAUCGGCCCGGCGUGGUCGGGACUACUUUCUGCGGCUCGGCCGGGCCGCCGCCUGCUCCGCUCUUUGUGCGGUCGCCGCCGGCCGAGCCAGGUGGAGGUCCGGGCACCCGCUGCCUGACACCUGGGCUGGGGACGCGGGAGGCGGCGGGCCGGCUGCGGAGCUUCAGGCCGUGCGCGGGGAGCCGCGCGGGGCCCGGCACAGGGUGACGAGUUCAAUCUUGGGGCUUGGAAAUGGGUUUACGCUUUUCUCUGUUAAGGAAAAUAAAGACUAAUGCUGCUUACACCAGCUUUAAACGUGAUACGGGGAGGAUGUCCAAACGCCAACUCAGAACAGAGAUUUUUAUUUUCUCGUGGCUUUCCAGAAUUACAGACCAUCCCCAGAAUUAGGUCCCACAAGGACUAAAGAUUUGUAAUCGGCCAGGUAAAAUUCCAGGAUAAAUGCGUCAGCACCUAAGACAGAGCAAAGGGACAAUUGGUAAGGACUGCGCUUGGGAUUUUACGAGUUGCAUUUAUAGAUAAAUCGUUACCAUUUUUUUUGAUCAGCUCGCAGCUUGAGGAGGAAAAGAUUCACCAGAAUCUCAGCCUGGUUUUGCACAGCCUCUGCUGCUUUUGAUGCUUCCCGGUGGAACAGCUCAGACAUCCACCCCAUAAAAAGAAGUGGCAACUUCAGCUGAGGAGGCAACUCCAGCCAGAGUUAACCAUAAGGGAGCCAUCAGGUGAAUUCUGUAUGGCUGUCACAGGUCCUUACCUGGAGGCAGACGGGCGAGCAAGUGGAGGAACUUCCACCAUGUUACUUAUACAAAAAUUCCUCCUUAACUGCAAGACCUCCUGCGGGUGCCUGAAACCAUGGAUAGCACCCAGCCCUACAUAUACCGGUUUUACCUAUGCAUACGUACCUGAGUUAAAGUUUAACUUAUCAAUUAGGCACACGAAGAGAUUAACAACAAUAACUAACCAUAAAAUAGAUCAAUUACAGCAAUAUACUAUAAUAAAAGUUAUGUGACUAUGGCCUGUCUCUCAAACUAUCUUCCGUGUACUCACUCUUCAUGUGAUGAUGUGAAAUGAUAAAAUGUCUACACGAGAGAUGAAGUGAAAUGAUGCAGGCAUUGGGACGUAGCCUUAGGCUACUAUUGACUUUUGACAACAGUCAGAAGAAGAAUGAUCUGCUUCCCAUCGUGGUUGGCUGCGGGGAACCACUGCAAGCAAAAACCUCUGAUAAGGGGGCACUACUGUACCUCAGUGACAUUGGAGUUCACUGAGGGUUUGCACGCACAUUAUCGUAUUGGACACUAGCCUGGAGUGAGGCAGGAUUUGUUACUUAUUAUCCUCAUUGCACCGAGGAGGAAAAUGAGGGGUUCAAUGACUUCGCCAAGGCCACUCAAGUAGUUAACAGCAGGACCCAAACCCAGCCCAGGUCUUUCAACUUCAGACACUGCUUCUUCCAAGAAAUAUGUGCUGAACUAAGUGAUACAGGUCUGUAAGCAGACAGAGGGCAGAAACAGUCAAAUCACUUUCUCCUAAAUUCACCUGAAGAAAGUCUAGCCACCACUGAUUUAAAUUACCUUCUUCCAAGAACCAUGUCAAGACUGCAAAUUUGGCCUACUGGCCUCCUCAAAACAGUUACCCACAGCCAACCACAGUCCCUGUCAUCAGAAGAUCAAGACUAGUAGUCUAAUGUUAUGGCACAAUGUUACCUCACUUCAUCUCAUCUCAUCAUGGGAGCAUUUUAGCAUCUCGUCAUCACAAGCAGAAGGCCAUGCCAGAAAUCUGGGAGGAGUAAUACUCACCUGGGAGACUCUGGGAAGACCGUGGCGGAGGUGAUGUUUGAGCCGAAUCUUGAGAGGUGAGUGGAAAUUUGCCAGGGGAAGAAAGAGAAGGGUAUUAACGAGCAGAGGGAAGAGCAUAGCUCAUGAAAGUGCCUGGCACGUUUGAGAAAUGGUGAAGAGAGAGAUUUUGUGAGGGGGGAAGGUAGACGGACGGAUAGCUUGGGGCUAGC